AUGGAACCAGGCGAGGUAUUGGCCGUCGAUGAGACAAUCGUACCUUUUCGUGGCAGAUUAUUAUUUAGACAAUAUAUACCGGGAAAAGCUCAUAAGUACGGUGUAAAAUUUUUUAAACUUUGCGGAUCUAAUGGUUAUACUUAUAACGUUCAAGUUUUUGGAGGAAAGAGUCAAGUGGAUGGAAAGGGAUUGGGUUGUAGAGUUGUUCUAGAUCUAUGUAGAAAAUAUUUAAACAUGGGACGUACAAUGGUCACGGAUAAUUUUUACACUUCAAUUACACUUGCAAGCGAACUUUUAACUAAUGAUACACACUUAGUAGGAACUCUGCGAUCAAAUAGAGUAAAAUUACCUGAAAUAACAAAAAAAAUGUUAAGUCCCGGGGAAAUAAUCGGAAAGGAAAAUUCAGACGGUAUUAUUGUUGCGAAAUUGCGUGAUAAAAGGGAUGUAACUGUUGUCGACAAAACAUAA